GCUGUCAACCCACACACCAAUAAAGCUUGGUUUGAUCUUCUCAAAGAUGUCUUUGAGAAGUAUGACAUCAAUGAAGACUGUAUUUAUGCAGCUGAUGAAAUUGGUAUUUCACCAGAUUCUGGUGAGCAUGAAUGUGUUAUUGGAGGCAGAUGGCCUGGGCCUCAAUACCAGCAAUGUACAGGGAAUCGAGAGAACAUCACCAUCAUUGUUACGGUCUGUGCUGAUAUCCCAUCAUAUUCCCACGCUUUUCAGACCUAUUUCCAGACCCCAUAUCUGACUCAUUCCUGGAUCCCCUAUCCUGUCCACCCUAUGCACUUUCUGUCCAGCAAGAUAUCCAGACUUUACCUCCUCUUGGAUACUGGACUACAUCCACCACCUCACAUAUCUCAGUCCUUCUUCAUCUUCCUGUCCUCCAUACUUCCAGACAUCCUGUCCUAUCCAGCUCACAUAACUCAUGUAUAUCAAGGCCUAGAUGUCAUUGUUUUUGCAGUCCUAAAACAGUGCUGGAGUGAGGAGCAGGACAAAUGGGAAAGAGAGAAAGGUGAAGGCAUCACAAAGGCCAAUUUUAUCACCAUUUAUGGCUGCACUCACCUCCGUGCACUCACACCAGACCUUGUUCGCAUGGCUUUCUGCAAGACUGGUGUCUGGCCAUUUGAUCGUGAUGUUGUCCCUAGCAACAUGCUGGCUCCAAGUAAGGAAACCUCAACUAAAUCAUAUCUUCCAAUCACACCAUCCAUGCCUAUGAGAGUUCUCACUGAUGCCAUUCAAAAGAUGUCAACACAGCUUAGUAACAAUGGAAAUGAAGAAGAACAUUCAAUAAACUCAUCAUCUAGUACUCAGGAGGAUCUCAAGACCAUUAUCAAACAACUUGCUGAAACAUCAUUGUCAAAACUCAUCUCACCAACACCAAUGAACUCACAGACUGACCUUCAGCAUACCACAGCCCACACUAUCUCCCCCAUCAAGAAAUCAUGUACAUACACCUAUGACAAAUAUUCAGAGCCCCUUCAGUGA